AUGCAGUCUCAAGCUUGCUGUACCGUUCCUCCCGUCAUCAGCAAGGGCUACAAUGCCAAGGGCACUUACACGACCAUCGAUGGCAUGAAGACCUAUACCACUGGUCCCAGCGACGCAAAGAAAGCUCUCCUGGUCGUCUACGACAUCUUUGGCUUCAAGAACCAGACCAUCCAGGGUGCUGAUAUCCUCGCAACCAGCGACAAGGAGAACCACUACCAAGUCUUCAUGCCCGAUUUUUUCGAGGGCAAGCCCGUCGACAUUAGUGACUACCCUCCUGACACUAAGGAGAAGGGCGAGCGCCUCGGUCAAUUCUUCCAGACCACUGGCGCCCCACCCAAGACCGUCAGCCGUCUUCCCAAGGUCAUCGAGGAAAUCAAGAGUCAGAACAAGAACAUUACAUCCUUUGGCAUUGUCGGUUUCUGCUGGGGCGGCAAGAUUGUGAAUCUGUCUUCGCAGAAGGACUCACUCUUCAAGGCUGCUGCUGCAUGCCAUCCCGCCAUGGUUGACCCCAACGAUGCAGCUGGCAUCACCAUUCCCAUUGCCAUGUUGCCCAGCAAAGACGAGGACAAGGAGGCCGUCGAGAAGUGGGAGCAGGGUGUCAAGACCAAGCACAUCGUCAAGUGGUACAACGACCAGGUCCAUGGAUUCAUGGCUGCUCGUGCCGACCUCGAGGACGAGAAUGUCAAGAAGAACUACAUGGACGCUUACGGUGUGCUACUGAGCUUCCUCCACGAGCACCUGUAA